UAGCCAGGAUGGUCUCGAUCUCCUGACCUCAUGAUCCGCCCGUCUCGGCCUCCCAAAGUGCUGGGAUUACAAGCGCGAGCCACCGCGCCCGGCCUGUUUCCAGCAUUUUCUAACUGAAGUUACUGUUCUUGCCAACUACUCAGCAUCCAACAUUUUUGCAAGAAAACAAGGAAGAUUUUUUUCUCUUCAAAUUACAAUCCAAAGAGUGGCAAACAAGGAAGAUGACAGAGUCCGAAGACCUUCAAAUUUCUUUUCUUUGGUCAAGAACUCAUUACACAAUGGAUGACACAUUUUAGGUGGUCCUACUAAAAAGAGACACAAGAAUCUAGAGAGUAUCUCACUGUCAACCAAUCCAAGGAACUUUGCUUUAGAUGGCCAAAGCCAAAAACAGCAAAGUAGAAGAACUACUAGAGCUUUAAGCAGUUCCUUAGUAUUUUUCCUUGGCUUAUCCAAGCCUGGAUACUGGUCCACUUUCCCAAAGAUGGUAAAGAGGUAAUACAGCUUGGGAUUGGUUGGAUAUUGAGAGACAGAGAGAGAGAGAGAGAUCAAUCUAGGUACUGGAGCAGCACUCGGCACUCAGAAGAAGGAACACUUGGAGCAAAAAAUGAAAGAUACAGAUUAGUGACGUGAAGUCAGGAGCAAAUGAUCUCAGUUGCUUUACAUGAUCAAAGGGCAAUAACUGCAGAUUACCAGAGGGUAGGUGGAGAUCCAUACCACUUUUUAAUAUUAGUGUUUUUAACACCUAGGAAUAGAAUAUAUCUAAAGAUAAAGGCUUGAUUUCCUCACACCCGCCUUCUCAAUGAUGUUUUGAUUUUGCAAAAGUCUUGGUUUCUAGUUUGUGGGAUUAACAUUUUUCAAUGCAUUGAAGGAAAAUUCUGUAGGCCAGGAGGGAGUCUAAAACAGACUUCAGCCACAGCACAGAUACAACCCUAGGCAAGGGUCAUUCAAUGUUCUUAAGAAAAUUCUAAAUUCUAGGAUGUGAUGGUUAAUAUUAGGUAUAAAUUUGAUAGGACUAAAGGAUACCUAGAUAGCUAAGUAUUGUUUCUGGGUGUGUCUGUGAGGGUGUUGCCAGAGGAGAUUAACAUUUGAGUCAGUGGACUGGGAAAGGAAGACUCACCCUCAAUGUGGGUUGGCACCAUCCAGUUGGCUGCCAGGGUGGCUAGAACAAAGCAGGAGAAAGAAGCGGGCUAAGCUGGCUUGCAGAGUCUUCUAGCUUUCAUUUCUCUCCUGUGCUGGAUGCCUCCAUCCAUUCCUCCUGCCUUUGGACAUGAGACUCCAGGUUCUUUGGACUCUUGGACUUAACACCAGUGGCUUGCCUGAGGCUUUUGGGCUUUCGGCCACAGACUGAAGUCUGCACUGUGGGCUUCCCCACUCUUGAGGCUUUUGGACUCAGACUGAGCCACUACUGGCUUCUUCCUCAGCUUGCAGACGGCCCACUGUAGGACUUUGCCUUGUAAUCAUGUGAGCCAAUUCUCCUUAAUAAACUCCCUUUAAUAUAUCUAUAUCUAUAUCUAAUCUAUUAUCAUCUAUAGAUAGAGGUAUAUGUCUCCCCUAUUAGUUUUAUCCCUCUGGAGAACUCUAAUACAAAGGGUUAAGUCUUAAACUACUUAUACUUUCUCUCUGGAACUAUAUUUCAUCUAGUUUGGAAUGUUUAGUUACUUAAGACCCAUAUUAUAUAUGUAGAAUAAUGAGCAGGAGAAAGGUAUACUGAUUAACUUACAUAUAUAUAUAUCAGCCAUAGAAUUAGUUCCAGCAAAGGAAUAUACUUGCUUUUUUUGGUUUCUUCAAUCUUCUCCCUGUCCCAUUAUGAAAAUUUGAUGAUUUUGCUUAUUUAAGUGUCUUUGUAGGAGAUUUUCCUGGAUCUUUUUAAGUGUUUAACCUCUGAUUUUCAUAAUUUUUUCACAUUAGUAUCAAGGAAUUAGGUAAUGGAAAUUAUUCUUAAAUAACUCCCACCUGCCCCCCUGAAACAGCAAGCAUCUAUAGAGAAGAAGACAGCUUUUGGAUUAGCUGGAGAGUUAACCAAGUAAAACUUGAAUUCUGAUCCUUAGCCUGGAGAAAAAAGAAAUGAUAAAAAAUGGACAAAGAUGGCAGAUGGGGUAACAGUGAAGAGUGCCAAGGAGGACUUCUGCAGAAGACAGGAGUGGACCAAAAAAUGAUCCACAUGUUUUGGAACCAGGAGACAAAAGUUGGUCUUGGGGCAGCUGACAGGAUGACAGUUCAGGUCUGUGUUAACGAUCCCGCUGGACGGGACACGUGGCGCCCAAUGUGGGGCUUGGAUACGAGGGAACUGCGUGAGGAAGAGGGAGCAUAGAAAGGCCGGCGACUAAAGUGAAAGAAAAAUCCCUCCGACCGUCGUGGGAGCCUGCUGCAUUGGAGUUGAGGGUAAGUUACGCGCCCGAAAUGGGACAAGAAUUAAGCCAGCAUCAAAUCUACGUAGGGCAAUUAAAAGAGGCUUUAAAGACACGGGGAGUAAAGGUUAAAAGUGGUGACUUAUUUAGAUUUUUUGAUUUUGUGAAAGAUACCUGCCCUUGGUUCCCACAGGAAGGAACCAUUGAUAUAAAAAGAUGGCGGAGGGUGGGAGACGCCUUUCAAUAUUAUUAUAAUACCUUUGGGCCAGAAAAAAUUCCUGUAACCGCCUUUUCUUAUUGGAAUUUAAUCAAGGAUCUAAUAGAUAAAAAGGAAGCCGAUCCACAAGUAAUGGCUGCGGUCGCCCAGACUGAGGAGAUUUUAAAGGUCAGUUCUCAGACCGACCUCGGGAGCCCCCCGCCAGACAAAGAAGUAGAUCUUAUUUCUCUUGAAAGUGAUGACGAGGGGGCCAAGGCUCCUUCUGUAAAAGACAAAAUGAUGCUAGGCGAGAAAAGGCCCAAAAAAUACCCAAUUCUGCAAACAUCACGAAAAGAUAAAAGUAAUGACAAUCCUGACCUUUCAGAUGUAAAUUGGGAUGACUUAGAGGAAGAGGCAGCUAGAUAUCAUAAUCCUAACUGGCGUCCCUUUUGCUCGUGUCCACCUCCCUAUAACGGGACACGUGGCGCUUCUGCACCCAACGUAAUGGCGGUAGUCAAUCCAAAAGAGGAACUCAAAGAAAAAAUCGCUCAGCUUGAAGAGCAAAUUAAGCUAGAAGAGUUACAUCAGUCACUAAUCAUUAGGCUGCAAAAAUUAAAAACAGGAAAUGAGAGUGUAACUAAUUCAGAGAAUAUGGGAGGCUUCCCUCGCCCACCUCAGCGGCCCGGACAACAUGUCCCAAAAGGAAGAUUUUCUACUAGCCGAGACAGGGAAGAAUUCUCCCCUAAAGAUAUCUUCCCGGUAACUGAAACUGUAGAUGGACAGGGUCAGGCCUGGAGGCAUCAUAAUGGAUUUUAUUUCACUGUCAUAAAAGAAUUAAAAACUGCUGUUUCUCAAUAUGGAGCUACUGCUCCAUACACUCUUGCUAUAGUAGAGUCUGUGGCCGAUAACUGACUUACUCCAACAGAUUGGAACACACUAGUCAGAGCAGUCCUCUCAGGGGGAGAUCAUUUGAUUUGGAAAUCGGAGUUUUUUGAAAAUUGCAGAGAUACAGCCAAAAGAAACCAACAGGCAGGAAACGGUUGGGACUUUGAUAUGUUAACUGGCUCGGGUAAUUAUACCGACACUGAUGCUCAGAUGCAAUACGACCCUGGACUAUUUUCACAAAUCCAGGCGGCCGCUACAAAAGCCUGGAGGAAACUCCCUGUUAAAGGAGACCCAGGAGCUUCGCUCACUGGAGUCAAGCAGGGACCUGAUGAGCCAUUCACAGAUUUUGUACAUAGGCUCAUAACAACCGCAGGAAGGAUUUUUGGUAAUGCCGAGGCGGGUGUAGAUUAUGUUAAACAAUUGGCUUAUGAAAAUGCCAACCCAGCUUGUCAAGUGGCAAUCCGACCUUAUAGAAAGAAAACAGACUUAACUGGAUAUAUCCGUCUCUGUUCAGACAUUGGGCCCUCCUAUCAACAGGGUUUAGCAAUGGCCGCAGCUUUCAGUGGACAAACGGUAAAAGACUUCCUUAAUAAUAAGAACAAAGAAAAGGAGGGUGUUUUAAAUGUGGCAAAAGGGGACAUUUUGCAAAAGAUUGCCGCGGGGAUUCAAAUAAAAACUCCGAAGCAAAGGUUCCAGGCCUUUGCCCAAGGUGUAAAAGAGGAAAACAUUGGGCUAACGAAUGUAAAUCUAAAACUGACAGUCAGGGAAAUCCUUUACCAUCCCAACAGGGAAACGGGAUGAGGGGCCAGCCCCAGGCCCUGAAACAAGCUUAUGGGGCGGUCAGUUUUGUUCCAGCCAGCAGCAACAAUCCAUUUCAAGACUUAGUAGAGCAACCCCAGGAAGUGCAGGACUGGACCUCUGUUCCACCUCCCACACAGUGUUAACACCUGAGAUGGGAGCACAAGCUUUAGGCACUGGAAUAUAUGGGCCUUUGCCUCCUGAUACCUUUGGAUUAAUCCUGGGAAGAAGCAGUGUCACCAUGAAAGGUCUACAAGUCUUUCCAGGAGUAAUUGAUAAUGAUUAUAUUGGAGAAAUUAAAAUUAUGGCCAGGGCUGUUAACAGUAUCAUUACUGUUCCUCAAGGGGAUAGAAUAGCACAAUUCAUCCUAUUGCAUUUGGUUAAAACUACUAAUAAAAUCCAACAUCCUAACAGAGGAACGGGAGGUUUUGGAUCUUCAGACAUAUAUUGGGUACAGCCAAUUACUAAUCAAAAGCCCUCCCUGACCUUGUGGCUAGAUGGCAAGUUGUUUACAGGGUUAAUAGAUACAGGGGCUGAUGUAACCAUCAUCAAACAAGAGGACUGGCCCUCUCACUGGCCUACCACAGAGACUUUAACUAACUUAAGAGGAAUUGGGCAAAGCAGUAAUCCCAGACAAAGCUCUAAAUACCUCACCUGGAAAGACAAAGAAAAUAACUCAGGUCUCAUUAAACCAUUUGUUAUCCCUCAAUUGCCUGUUAAUCUUUGGGACCGAGACCUACUCUCCCAGAUGAAAAUUAUGAUGUGCAGCCCUAACGAUAUAGUUACUGCACAAAUGCUAGCCCAAGGUUAUAGCCCCGGAAAAGGACUGGGAAAAAGGGAAAAUGGUAUUCAACGGCCUAUUCCAGCCUUAGGACAAUCUAACACAAAGGGGUUUGGAAAUUUUUAGCUUUGGCCAUUGACAUGCCUGCACCCCAAAAGUGUGCUGACCCCAUAACAUGGAAGUCGGAUGAGCCUGUUUGGGUUGAUCAAUGGCCUUUAGUUAAUGAAAAGCUAAUUGCGGCCCAACAGUUAGUGCAGGAACAGCUAAUGGCAGGGCAUAUUGCGGACAGUAACUCUCCCUGGAAUACAACCAUAUUUGUUAUCAGAAAAAGGUCCGGUAAGUGGAGACUCUUACAAGAUUUAAGGGCAGUAAACGCUACUAUGAUCCUCAUGGGUGCCUUGCAGCCCGGACUACCCUCUCCGGUAGCAAUCCCUCAAGGAUAUUUUAAAAUUAUCAUAGACCUUAAAGAUUGCUUUUUACAAUUCCCCUUCAUCCUACUGACCAAAAACGA